AUGCAUGUUGCCAGAUCCAGGGCGCGGGGCAUACACAUAAUUCGAUCGCUCUCUUUGAAUUGCCCAAAGAGACUACCGAGUUCGUUUGCGUAUUCAUCCUCAUCUCGACCCGCCGGAGCCCCCGAGAAAAUGUUCAAGAAAGCUCUCCAAGACCACCCAGGCAGUGGCAUAAAACCUCUUCACCAGACUGACUUAUUUCGUGCCAAUGCAACGGCCCCGAAGCCACAGCCACAAUUACAAUCCGGUGGUGUCAAACGAAAAAUCGAGGUCGCCGAGUCCUCGUUGGGGUCUCUUCAUAACGCGGUUUAUUUCGACGAAAAUGAUUUCGAUGAUGAUCUGGACCUUGAUGAGCCACAACAAUUGAUUGCGCCGAGCGUGGCUGGCUCCACUAUCUCCAAGACGGUCACAUAUCCAAGCCUCGACACUUCCUCAAGAAUCGGCCAGUCUGUUUAUGUCAACGAAAACCUAGCAGACGUCAAUUACCCCGAUCUUCCGUCCAUAUCCCAAGAAACAGUAGCCCCUCCCAGCAGCAUGCAGUUACCAUGGUCGUCAUCGCCCCCCGCCCAUUUCCAACCGCCUGCGAGGAAACCUCGUACUCUUCCGUGGACUAAAGAAGAAGAGGAACCCCGCGAAGACAAGAAAGAGAGCUUUGUGACCCGUAAACGUUCAAAGCCCGCAGAACCAUGGAACAAGUCUGAGAGUACCAUCAAAGCGGAACAGAAAGAGUUGCGACAGGAAUACAAGAAGACCCAAAAAAGCGACGGGAAACCGAAACAACCAAAUUCGAAGAUUGCCACUGUUUUUCUGAGUGACGAGCAAAGAGCUGUUCUUGAUGCUGUUGUCGACCGUGGAAAGAGCAUGUUCUUCACUGGCUCUGCAGGAACGGGAAAAUCAGUACUCAUGAGGGAAAUUAUUGCGAAGCUGCGCAACAAAUAUCGCAAAGAACCCGAUCGAAUUGCAGUCACAGCAUCAACAGGUCUUGCGGCCUGCAACAUCGGGGGUGUGACUCUCCAUAGUUUUGCUGGGAUUGGGCUAGGCAAAGAGCCAGUGCCCGAACUAGUGAAAAAGAUUAAGAAAAACCAGAAAGCUCGGAAUCGCUGGCUGCGUACCAAGGUCCUUGUCGUUGAUGAAGUCUCCAUGGUAGAUGGGGAUCUAUUUGAUAAACUCGAAGAGAUUGCUCGACGAAUUCGCAACAAUGGUCGUCCGUUUGGAGGAAUCCAGCUUGUUGUAACAGGCGACUUUUUCCAACUACCUCCUGUUCCAGACGGAAGCAACCGGGAGGCAAAAUUUGCAUUUGCAGCUGCUUCCUGGACAACUUGUAUCCAACAUACCAUUCUUUUAACCAACAUCUUCCGUCAACGAGAUCCGGAGUUUGCUAAUAUGCUGAACGAAAUGCGACUGGGAAAAAUCACCCCUAGCACGAUUGAGGCUUUCAGACGGCUCUCUCGGCCCCUUGAUGUUAAAGACCAGAUCGAAGCAACGGAGCUGUUCCCAACGCGCGCUGAAGUGGAUGGCGCCAACUCUGCACGGAUGGGGAGACUUUCUGGCGAGGUAAUGAGGUUCAACGCAAUCGAUUCUGGGACAAUCCAGGACCCGCAGCAUCGCGACAGACUGUUGUCAAACUGCAUGGCCCCUCCUAUGAUUCAGUUGAAGAAGGGUGCUCAAGUGAUGCUCAUUAAAAACAUGGAGGAUUCGCUUGUCAAUGGCUCUAUUGGAAAAGUAGUAGCCUUCAUGAGCGAAGAUUACUUUGACUCCUAUAAGGAGAAUGACAAGAAUUUUGCCGAUGAUGCGACUGCAAGCGAUGAUGAGCGGGCUCAUCGGGCUCGGAAAAGGCUCAAACCUAUGGGUUAUAAGGAGGGCCCCGCAUCAAUGGCUCGGAAAUGGCCGCUAGUAUCUUUCCUUCAGCCUGAUGGGUCAGAACGUCACUUAUUGUGUCAACCGGAGACGUGGAAGAUUGAGCUUCCCAACGGAGAAGUGCAAGCCCAGCGUCAACAAGUUCCGUUGAUAUUGGCGUGGGCUCUGUCCAUCCACAAGGCCCAGGGCCAGACUCUUCAACGUGUGAAAGUUGAUCUGGGUCGGGUGUUUGAAAAGGGCCAGGCUUAUGUUGCACUGAGUCGAGCGGUGUCACAGGAGGGAUUGCAGGUCACUCGAUUCGAGCCUCGCAAGGUGAUGGUACAUCCGAAAGUGGUGGAAUUCUAUUCCAACCUCGCCUCAAUCACAGAGAUCAACAAGUCCAAGACGUCAAAUGCUUUGAACCCAGAUGAUUUCGACGAUGAAGACUUUUGA